AAUAUUUAGGUUUUGAACAAAUCCUCGUAAUUGAAGUGAACAAAUAGUUAAAUUACAAAAAUGAUCAAGAUCGUUGCCGUAUUAGCUGUUCUGUGUGGAAUCAGUGCUGGAUAUUCGAUCCCUGUGCAAAAUGCAUUCAUGUACUACCAACAACCUAUGGGCUCUAUGGCUUCACGGCAAUCUUUGUAUGGAAUUCACUACCAAAAUCAGCAGCUCCGGAAUCCAGGUCGUUCAGCUGCAGUAUCAGCUUUCGCUGCUGGAAAUACCAUUGCUACCGGAACGUACUUGAAAGAUUGCCAAGACGCAGAUGAUGAAAGUGGUGAUUUGCCAGCUCAGGACCAGAACGUACAGUCUGUUGCCGAUGCAUACCCAGAAGAACAGAUCCCAUUUGAAGACGUGCCUCAGUAUGAUGUCCCAGCUGUUCAUGAGGUAGAGGCAGAAGAACCCAUCGCUGACGAUCCAGCUGCUGCUUCUCCAGUUGUCCCAGCCGUGAUCUCAGACAAGAAGAAGAAGAAGAAGGUUACUGUUCAGCUGGACUCUGACGAAGAAGAAGAACAAGACUCUCAGGUCAGUCGUCGUGGUGCUGGCCGUCCUGCUGCUCCAAAUGCAUUCUUCCCAAUCAACUUCGGCGGCACUAACGGUGAUAUCAUCGCGAUUGCCAACUCCUACAGUACUGGAAAGGAUGGAUCAGCCAUUAGCUCUGCGAGCGCCUACGGAAGUCCAGCAACUGCUGAGCUGAGAAAAGCCACCCCAGUUCAGAUGAAGAAGAAACCUGCUAAGGUGCGUGCAAGACAGUACUAGGAUUCAUUUACUGCGCUUAGUUUACAGUCCAGUGCUCCUAAGUAGCAAGAAUACACCCUAAUUUAACAAGAUCAUUC